UUCAUGAUGCAAUUUCUGGAAGAUUUCGAAGAUGUGCGGCAAGAAAGUUGUGUGGGUGUUUUAAAUGAACCAAGUGGAAAGCAAUUUCUACUGACGUGGUUAAUCAGUCUUAAUUUUUCAGUUUGAUUUCCAUCAGUAUUUCAUUCCCCUAGUUAUAUGUAGCAAAUGUUAUUAGUAGUCUCAUAUACCUACUAAUACAUAGGCAUGAAUUCAUUAUGGUCAGAAGUCCUGACAUUAUCUAUUGAGUAAAGUGCUAACAAAAAAGUGUCAACUGUUUUUUUACCAAAUCCUCUUUUCUAUCCACUGUCACAUCUAAUUUGCAUCUCACACAAAAUGAGCCGAAGUAACCGAAGAGCUAACCGAGGACUUGAGUGGGGCGUUGCUCUCUUGUUGUCCGAGCUGUACAGAACUGGUUAUGAUGUUAUUCCUCCUGUCACCCUUGCAACUGUUGUGGGCCAGAUAUUGCUGUACAUUGGAGUGAUAAAUGUACCAUGGACCCAGUCAGAAGUCUGCCUUAGCGCAGCUCAUGUACUUAAGGGCAAAGAUUAUCGGCGUCUUCUUUGGUCAACCUUUGAACAUGGAGAUGACAUGCACCUGUACUACAAUAUGAUAUCUUUCAUGGUUAAAGGUAGAACACUUGAAGGAAAGUAUGGGAGUGCCAACUUUGGAUUUCUUCUGGCAUUUUUGUGCGCAAUUACAAGUUGCUCCUAUGUGGUUUUAGCACUCAUUGGAGCUCAAAUCAUGGAUGAUCCUUAUAUUAUGAAAUCUUGCGCAAUAGGUUUUUCAGGAGUACUUUUUGCUCUGAAAGUUGUGACAACCCAAGAGGAUCCACGUGGGUAUACCAAUGUUGCUGGAUUUUUGGUGCCCGUGAAGUAUGCAGCUUGGGCUGAGUUACUUGCAAUAAAUAUGCUUGUUCCUAAUUCAUCAUUUUUAGGUCACUUGGCUGGCAUUGUUGCUGGUUUAAUCUACACAAAGACUAUUAUCGGACGUCUAGUCGACAAUAUUAUCAGAAACAUAACCGGUGAGCGGAUCUACCAUAACUAUUGCUGAGUUCAAGGUUUCAAUGUUGUGUGAAUAAUGUUUCACUUUUCCUAUUGAUGCUGCGUCACGUUUCCGAAGAGGUAAAUUGUGAAUUCUUUAAAAUCUUGAAAUGAAAAAGUCAGCUCUGUAUUUUUUUUUUUUUUUUUUUUUUUUUUUUUUUUUUUUUUUUUUUUUUUUUUUGCAUUGGUGCAACAAUAUUCCAUGUUGCUCAGUUUCUCAAUGCAAAGAUUUUCCUUGAAUCAAAAGUAUUAUUGAUUCAUCUAACUAGCUCCAAAGGCAUAGCAAUUUCUUCGAGCAUUUGUCACUAUUUUUGAAGAAAUAUUUUCUCUAUUAAAUCUCUUAGUAUACUUACUCAGUGGUAACCCAGUUACAAGGUUUUAAACCGAAUCUUCCAUUUUUCCUCCAUUAGUGCUCGCCUCAAAUUAAAAUGAGUCCAGUAUUGUGAAUGCCCUAGUAUUUUUUCCACUAUCUUUUAGGUGAAAAAAAUAGGGUCCCUGUAAGAUCUCUUACACGUAAUUACAUACCCAUUUACAUGAAGCAAAGGAAUGUGCAAGUAUCCCUAGAACUUGCAUAAGUUAAUAUUUGUUUACUUUUAACUGUCAUGUAUGGAUGCAUGGCAGACAGUUUCACUUCUGUGCACAGCUAGAGUUUUGCUCAUUGAUCGAUUUCAGACAGUGGCAAUGCAGUUGCUUGCAAAUGGGAAAUAAACAAUUGUUAAUUUAUUUGACAUCAGAUCUGCUUUACCAGAGCAACAGAAAAUAGAAAAGUAAAAACUGCCAAAUUGUAUGAAAGGGAUUGAAAAUUGAUUGGGAUUGUUACCAAAGUUUUUUUGGAUGCCUAAUUCUAUUCAGCUGAAAGCAACUAGAACUGUCUAGAUUUAAAUAUUCUAUGCACAGUUUUAGCUGAAAUUUGCCUGCAGAAAUUACGGUGAUGCUGUUAUGUUAGUUCUCACCACUGAUUUUUCUUCUUUUGUUUUCACGUAAGCCCCAUCAAUCAGCAAUGAAUGAAAUUCACACUGUUGCUCAGCAUGUUUCACUGAUACAAUCAGAGUUAAGAAACAGUGAUUUGCGCUGAUAUGGCAAAUGAUAUUAUCAAAUGUAUUUUGAAAGACAUCAUAUUCGUUCAAUAUCCAAAUCAGGAACUUGGUAUUCCAACAAAUCUGAUUAUAUUUCUCUCCAUCUGUGAAAUUCACUCAUCAAAAGCAAGUCUCGUGACAUUCCCAAUUUAUCCAUCAAUUGAAAGAAAAAGAAAUAAGAUUAUGUUCAAGUUUUUAAUUGAAAGCACUUAAAUUUCUUUUCCCCCAAGAAAUUACCACUGCCCAACUCUAGGAAGUCAGUUGUUCUCAACUGUGCAGUUGUGGAAAAAUUGUGGAGGCAGAUUUUUUUUGUUCAUAGCUUUUGCCACCUGUACAACUAUACAAUUUUGGUACACACUCACUCCUGAAUUGCAAUGUCAAAUACCUAUUGUCCCGUUGUUGUUGUGAACCUGCUGCAGAAACUUUCAGAGGCCUCUUUAAAAAAAUCGAACCCUUUGUUGUCCAGCGGGCCGAUAAUUGAAAUUUAGUGUUUGUCAGGCGUAGAUAGAUGACAUGGGCUAAAUGGCGAGGCGUAAUUGGUCGGCUAUGUCUUAUCGCCGCUUUGUCGUGUCUUUGUCAGGUGGAAUGGACAACAUACUGUCGGAAACUUAAGAGGUACUGAUAGCUUGUUGUGAGUUUAACCCGACAUAGGCACGGCAAAGCAGCGAUGAGACAUAGCCGACCAAUCACGCUCCCUCCGCCUUGUAACCUAUGUCAUCUAUGUCCGCCUGACAAACACAAAAUUUCAAUAAUUUGCCCGCAGGGAAGAAAGUGAGUCUUGUAGAAAUGAAUAAAAACAAAGUAUAUCAUCCAUUUUUAAACCUUUUGAGAUUCUUUUUUUAUUUACAAAUAAAGGUCACAUUUCUUUAAAAAAUCAUUUUGUUUGGAGAAACAGUUCUAACUUUUUUACAUACAUUUUUAAAGAUAAGUGGUAUGAGUAUCAACAAGGAUUUCCCUAAUCAUAUUUUUUGAACACAUUCAACUGUUUUAGGAUUCUGUAAAGUUUUAAGGGAGGUCUUUCAAUUUUGUUCAAAAGUAGUUACCUAAUGAAUAUGGUUGGAUAUUGGUCGCAUCAGAUGAGGACGUAUGGGUAACCGUAUCCAUAACCUGAAAAAAGAAGAUACACUUUUUAGAACCAACCAGAAUUUAUGAGUAACAUGAAAAAUAAAUCAUACACAGUUUAUCCCAAAACUAAUGCAACAAUCACAGCUGCAAAGAAAACAGAGAUUGAUUUAUGGUUUUAACAGGGCUCCAGGUGGCACAAUUGUGGUUCUAACGAGACCUUUUAGAGCUCUUUAGGUCAAAGAUUCACCAAAA